CAGCCCGCCCACAGGGCGUGGGAGUACAACCUCUGCGAGGCCCCUCCGCUGCGCCGCCCAUCCACACCAGCACCAUUGGAGCGCCAGUGAGCGGCACAGCGAGUGGCAGCGCAGUCAGGGCGGCACACACGGACCCAGUCUCCUCGUCGGGCCGUGUGUGCCGACAGAGCAGUCAGCGACGAGGGGCCGUCCCCGGUCUCUGUCACUGGACUGCCCCUCGUCGCUGCCGGCAGACAAGACCGCACCGUCAUCCGUUCACUUUCACCCGCUCACCCGAUACGAAGCUGCCGCCACCCCACCGCCCUCCUUCUACCUCUGCCUCGGCAGCCACUCCUCCCUAUUCUACUGUCGCUGCUCUAUCUCCCACUGCUGCAUCUGUCGGCCCUGACACCAUCCCCGCUUGCGCCUCGCCUCGCCAGCUGCCGUCACGCUCGUGUGGCGCUAUUGCAGCUGGGCAUGCCGGCUGGAGUGCGCACGCACAACCGAAGCACACCGAUGCACUGAGCAGCAUGGGGGGGCCACGUGCCGUGCAUGCAAGUGCUGAAGCGUUAUGGGACGCCACUGCACGACGCAGUCAGGCAGGAGCAGUGGGGCGCCGUGGAGUGGUUGGCGCAGCAGGGGAUAGACCCCACAAGGUGCACACCAACCCGUCGCCGUGCCUGCUGCCUGACCACCUCCUGGCAAGGGCGGUGCAGAUACGUAGUGAACAUGGAAUGGUGUAG